AUGCCCCAGCAGAAUAGGAGCCACAAACAAUACCCGGGUCCCACCGCAUCGUUCCACGUUCUGGCACCGGGCCACUUUCCAGCCGAGCCCCUUUCGGUGGGUCUGACCGCUCUAGAGCCUGAGCCAAGGGAACGAGGUGAGGGCACCCACCUCCCUCCUACUCCCAACCCCCACCCGGGCAGACGAGCCCAGGAAGGACUAUGCGAGGCCAGGCCAAAUGCCCGCACUGGCGCUCGGGGACUAGACCAGGGCUCCUGCGUGCGUAUGACGGACCCGAGCUGGAUGAGUCACGCGGAUAAUCGCGCUCUUCUCCAGUGCGCAGACUGCGCGGCAAGCGCGCACCUGAGCGGGGCUGGGGUAGCGCUACAGUCCCCCUCUCCCCUACCGACCCCUCUUGGCCGCGAGCUUCGAACUCAAGGAGCGGCCCGUGGCGACGCCGACCUGCGCCCCGUACCCAAAUCCCCGCGCCGGGCCCGCUGCCGCCACCGCCGCCGGCGUCAGCGCGGCUCCUGCCCGCCAGCUGCCGGGCUGGCGUCACGGCCCGCCGGGCCCCGCCUGCGCCCCUCCCUCCUCCCCGCCCCCACGUGCGCCGAGUUUGUUUAUUUAGCUGCCAUGGCAACGCGCGGGGGGCCGCUGGAAGGAGGGGAGAAGAAAGGGAGGGGCGGGGCCUGGCGGCUGGCCCGGGCGCGCAGCGG